AUGUCUCAAUCUUCCGGUUCUGCUCAGAUCAAAAACAAAAUCGCUGAUACUGUGAAAACAAGAUCCAAAUCGAAGAAGGAAGAAGCAACUAUUGUGGUCGAUGCGACACCCAUAUCAAGCAUCCCUGCAACUAGUUCUAAGAAGAAGAAAUCUGCAAAAUCCACUAAGAAAGUAAGUGAAUCGUCUCCUUCAAUUUCAAUUAAGUCUGAUACUGUUAAAUCUAAGAAGAAGAAACCCCAAUCUCCCGUAAAAAGGGGUUUGAGCAUGUCUGAACUGUACUUGAGUAAGAACUCUUCUGAAACUGCGAAUGUGGAAUCGCAUGGUGCUGCCUCCGGAAAAAAUGCGAAUGUCAAUCAAGAAACCCCUUCUGCACAGGAAAACCCUAGUUCUGAUGAAACCCUAGGAAAAACCAAAAUUGUUGCUGAGAAUGUUAUUGUGACCAAUAAUCCGAUUGGUUCUGAGAAUAUGGCAGUUCCCACGAAUGUCAUAACUAAUGUUGCUGAAAAACCCCAGAAGAAAGCUGAUGUAACCGAUGCUCCAACCGGUGUUGAGCCACCUCCAGUAUCGAUUGAUGCUGCAAGGGAUGUUGAAGCAUCCAAAGAAGGUUCUAGUCCACAUGCUAACACUGCCACUGAGUCGUUUGGCAGUGGAUCUAAUACUGAAGCUUCCACUGAAGAGGAACCAGAAAAUGAAGCUGGUGAGGAUUCUGAGAAAACCACCAAUGAAGAACAGAACAUAGUGGAUGUGGAUGAAGUAUCCUCUGAAGAAGAUCUGCAACCACCACCUACUCAGAAAGGAAUUGGGAGAAGACUGAGAAGCAGGACCACUACACCUGCACCUGCUGUUACCACUACCCUUGUUGUCAGCAAGAAAACAAAGGACACUACUCUGAAGCCUGUCAAGUAUGGUCCUAAGAAAGGAUGGAGCAAGUCUGUACCUCCUCCUGAGAAGAAAAAGGGUGUGCUGAAAAGGAAGAGUGCACCAUCAAGUGACUCUGAUUUUGAUGCUGAAAAGGAUGACUCAAGCAUCAAGCCUCCUGCUAAGAAGUCAAUAAGAUUGGCUCUGGAGAGGGAACUAGGCAAAGAUAUUCUAGAGUGUGAAGAGAUUGUGAGCUUGAUCAAUGAUGCUGGAUUGAUCAAAACUGUGUGGGGCUUAGGCUCUUGCUAUGAGAAGCUGGUUAGGGAGUUCGUUGUCAACAUUCCUAUAGGUUGUGACAAUCCCUUGGACAAAGAAUUUCAGAAGGUAUUUGUUCGAGGAAAAUGUGUGACAUUCUCUCCAAGUGUGAUCAACAAGGUGCUGGGUAACUCAGAUGACCCUCAUCCUGACAUAGAAGUAUCUGACAAUGUGGUCUGCAAAACCAUCACAGCUGAGAAAGUGAAAACCUGA